UAAACUUGCGAUUACAGCCUUACUCUUCCUUAUUCAGACCUGCCGUUUACUGUCAUAGUCCUCCUUACAGCACUUUAGAACGGCAAGACACAGAGAUGUCGAUUCUAUGGGAGAAGAGCGAGACAUGGAGGUGGUUAGUAAGGAAGACGAGGGAUUCCAAGUCCUUCUUCUUCGCAUUCGCCACCGUGUGCGGCGUCAUUCCGGGCGUUAUUGGAUACACCGUCAUGCAGCUUACCAACACCAGCAAUCCUGAUCUCGAAGCCAAGCUCCGCCGCGAUGCUCGCCCCGAAAGCCUCAUGAUGGGAAAAGUUAAUAAAGAAAGGCUAGCAGAGUAUCUUGGGGAGCUGCAAAGGAAGGAGAAUACAAAUGACAGAUAUGUUGCUGCUUUAAAAGGCGAGACAUUGACCAGAAACCCCUAUGUGAGAAUUCAACCAGUUCCUACGGCUACCACUGAGGACAAAGUUAACAAGGGGAAGUAGAUCAAUUUGAUGUCAUCAUUCUUGAAGUUCCAAAAGGAGAUAGUAGUUAUGCAUUAUUGUUGUUUCAAGGAAUUAUGACUUCUCUUUUUAUAGUAUUCAAAAAACAAGUUCAUAGAAAGGCUGGUUUGGUUUGGUUUUAUCAUUAGUAAUGUGGUGUGUUUACCUGUGGAAUUCUUGCUUAGCUACAGUAUCUCUGAUAUGAAUGGAUGAUGUAGUGACUCAACUUUUGAGAUAUGUGGCUUGCACUAAACUUGACCAGUAGAGCCACUCUUGAAUUGAAUUGUUUACCACUGUUCAACUGAAGUAUAGUGGUAAACAAUUUUUGUAUA